AUGUCCGUCACCAUCUGCCAGUCCAUGGGCUUCGUGGUGUCAGCCCUGGGCAUCGGGGGCAUCAUUGCAUCAACCUGUAUGGACCAGUGGAGCACCCAGGACUUGUACAACAACCCGGUGACCGCCGUGUUCAACUACCAGGGCCUGUGGCGCACCUGCGUCCGCGAGAGCUCCGGCUUCACGGAAUGCCGCGGGUACUUCACCAUCCUGGGCCUGCCAGCCAUGUUCCAGGCAGUGAGGGCCCUCAUGGUCGUGGGCAUCGUCCUGGGCAUCCUCGGCCUCCUCGUGUGCGUCUUUGCCCUGAAAUGCAUCCGCAUCGGGACCAUGGAGGACUCUGCAAAAGCCAACAUGACUCUGACCUCUGGCAUCAUGUUCAUCGUUGCUGGCCUGUGUGCCAUCACCGGUGUGUCUGUGUUUGCCAACAUGCUGGUCACAAACUUCUGGAUGUCCACCACCAACAUGUACCAGGGCAUGCAGAACAUCCAGAACAGGUACACCUUUGGCUCAGCCCUCUUCGUCGGAUGGGUGGCCGGUGGCCUGGCCCUCGUGGGAGGCAUCAUGAUGUGCCUGGCUUGCAGAGGGCUUAUUCCAGAGGAGUCCCGUUACAAAGCCGUGUCCUACAACGCCUCAGGACGGAACAUCUCCUACCGAACGGGGCCCUACAAGGGGUAUGAGCCUGACACAAAAGCCAGGAAGGGCCCGGGGUAUGAAGAAGCUCCUCGGAGUGAGGAUGGAAGACGUUCCUACCCUUCCAAAUACGACUAUGUCUAG